GUGAAAUUGUAUGUCGAAGUUAGAGGGACUUGAUGCUUUACGGCAAAGGAUUUAAAUGGGCAGCACCACCACAGGCAGCAGGUCAGAACGAGCUGGGCUGUGAGAGAAAGGGCAGGAGGCUGGAGGAGGGACACGUAUUUCAGGCUUCCUGCUCCCAGCUCUGCCACUGCCUGGGGGGAGGGGUGAUCUGUGUACUCCUGUGCAGUGAUGAUAUGCAGAGGCACACUGAUAAGUGCCCCAACCCUCAGCUGGUGCAACUACCGGGGCCUUGCUGCAAAGAUUGGGUGUGUCAUGGCAUGGACAACAGCAUUUCCUCAAACCCAUCCUCAGGAUGCAGGUGAGGAGAGACCUGAGGGAGCAGGCACAGGCAGAGAGGUGCAGGCAGACACAGGAAGAGCUAAUAGAAUUAAUUAUUAGGGCCCGAGCAGGUCUCGACCUGCGAAGUCCUUAUUGUUUCUCUCAUGAUUAUCAGGGCCCAUGCAAGGAACCUGCAAGGACCCUAUUGUUUUUCAAAUGAUUACUUUUGGGGCCCGAGCAGGUCAGAGACCUGUGAGGUCUCUUCUGUAAUUGAAAAAAAUUCUUU